GACAAAUGAUUAGGAAAUACUCCAGAAUCAACAUUAAGAAUCGAGUUGCGGACUCAUCUCUUGUUCAAUCUACUCCAAUAUCAAGACCAAAACCACAAUAUUCUCUUGGCCUACCUCCUAGAACAUAUUGUUUAUCUCCUUUGGAACAUAAACUUGUAGCAGAAAGAGAGUUGCCUGAAAAUAAGUACCAUUAUGCUUAUUAUUAUUUGAUACAAAUCACCACUUCGAAUAGUGCUUUUUUGAGUGGAGAGACUGGAAAUCUUUCGCUACAUUCGGCAAUAAUAGAAUUAUCAAAUCCUGCAAUACUUGAUGAAUUGAAACCAAUUAAACCCGUAAAUACUAGAGUUCCCGAUUCUACAUCAUCUACCAUAUCACCAUCAACUAUUACAUCACUAUCACUUUCUUGGUCACAAACAUCUCCCAUCUUUGCAACAACAACGACAACAACACCAACGUCAUCAUCAUCUUAUUUAUCUUCAACAUCUCCCAUAUCCCAAUCAAGUCCUAUACACAAAUCAACUUCUGCAUUCCGAUCAGCUCCUGCAUUCCAAUUUACUACAAACAUUGGCACAUCACCAUCAUCUCUGCCUCUACAAUCACCUUUCUCAAGUUCUACUAUUGCAUCAGACAGUCCUAUGUUUAAUAGAUCUAUUAAUAAUAAUAACCAACAAACAAAUUUAAAUUGA